AUUUUGUGUGUAUGUAUGUGUCUGUUUGUGUUUCUAUCGACCUGCCAGCGCUUUCGUAUGGUCAGCAAAAUGACAGCCUCAGGAAGGACCAGUUGCCCUGCAACCUGAUGGACUAUUGUACAUUGUAACUGUUAUGAAGCUGCUGAAUUCUGGAGUAAAAAAUUGGGCUGAACACAACAUUAAUCAGUACUUGAAGCAAAUUGUGAGCAGAUUUAAGCUUUGUGUAAAGUAUGGAUGUGUUAAAUUACACAGAGGAGAGAACUAAAUUAAAAAUAUUGUAAUUUUGUUGAGUAAGGGACACCUGCUUGGACCUAAUUUUCAUAUAAAAAGAAUGGAGCAGGACUGUAAUGUUAACCUGAAGUGGGACGCCCACCAGACCACAUUAAAAUCUGUUUUUGACAACCUUUUAGACACUGAGAGUUUAGCUGACUGUACUGUUGGUGCUGAGGGCCGGCACUUAAAAGCACACAAAAUAAUGCUUUCAGCUUGUAGUCGAUAUUUUGAGGUGUUAUUCAGUCAGCACUAUGGACAGCACACUGUUAUCUUAUUACCUGGGGUGCAAUUCCAUAUCUUAAAGGCACUGGUCGAAUUCAUGUACCGUGGUGAAGUACUUGUACCACAAGAUGAAAUUGAUGCUUUACUACAGCUAGCCAAUUUCUUGCAAGUGAAAGGAUUAUCGUACGACGACAAUACAGUGUCGGAGAAGAAACAGGAUUACAGGAGGAGGAACACAUCGGCCACGUACUCUGAAUGCACACCUUCUCGUGAACACACACCUUCUCAGUGUCACGUCUCCCCUGAGAGCUACAAACAGUGUGCCUCUCCAGAAUUAUUAGAAGUAUCUGGCAGCAGCUCUCAGUCAGAAUGUUUGCAGAAACAGAAUUAUACAAAAGUGACUCCCAUUUCAACACCUGCUCGGAUGCGCAAGAAAAGCAAUUGGAAUUCAUCGAGGGAAGAACCACCGGCCCAUCGAGAUCUGGUACCUCCGUCGCACACUGCAUCCCAUAAUUUUCCACUUCAGAGAUCAGAGCUAUCAGAUAAAAGUAACUCAGCUCGUAGUAUGUUUCCAGAUACAGUAGCCAGCCCAUCUCUGACAAGCCAGUUGCCUGUUCUAAGUGAAGGAAACUUCAGUGAAUUGAUGCUAUCAAAAGAAGAAUUAACUACAGCGAAACCUUCGAAUUCAGUGACAAGAACACCAUUAUGUCCAACAGUGAGUGAAGACAAUAGCAUUUUAGAAGCAUUUGCAGAACCAAAGCAAGAGAAUUGUGAUUCAAAUGAAGACUGUGGGGAUGAUGUCAUUCUAGACAGUGAUGUUACCCAGCAUCAGAAUAUCAGUGAUGAUGUCAGUGGGGUAACUGAGAGUUCUUUCUGUGAUGAAGAUUCCUUUCCUCAGCAAAUGUGGUUUCAACAGAUGGAAAGGACUGACAAGGCACCCACAGAACAUACUGCUGCCUCAAACAAUCGAUUCAAGUGCCAGUCCUGUAAUAGGUCUUAUCGGCAUCACAGAGAUUUGGUAAGACAUUUGAAAUAUGAAUGUGGGAAAGAACCUCAGUUUCAGUGCCCUCAUUGCUUAGUUCGAUUUACACACAAACACACAUUAAAAGUGCACAUGGUUAGACAUCAAUAUUAACUGAAGAGCAGUUUACAGAGUUAUCUGUUGAGUUCUGUGAUGUGUGCCAGGUAUUGCUGCAGAGAUGAAUCAACAAUUGGAAGAACGUAAGAAUUCUUAUCUUUAGAAUUUUGAGUGACUGGAUACUUAAUUACUCAAAGCUUUUACUGGACUGGAAAAAUAAUCAAAUCUGUCUUGUGUAUAAAUGAGCAUAAUUUUUUGUAUUUGUUUUUAAUAAUUCACGGACAGUUUGGA